AUGCUUAUCUUUCUUUACACACUCCUGCUUUUCCAUCACCUUAAUGUGAAGGCGGAAUUUUUUGUUUGCAGAAUAAUGGGUGACCCUAAAUACCCACUGUUUUCCAAGGAUGGAGACAUAACUAUUGGAGCAAUUUUGGCAAUACACAGCAAAUUAGCAUUAUCUUCAUUUGAGUUCACACAAAAACCUCAGCUUCUAUCAUGCUCCAGUGUGAAUCUACAAGAUUUUCGGAUGGUUCAAAUGAUGAUCUUUGCCAUAGACGAAAUUAACAAAAAUGAAAUUUUGCUCCCAAAUGUUUCUAUUGGCUACAGAAUUUAUGAUAGCUGUGGUUCAAGAAUGGCUUCUAUGAGUGCAACUAUGGCACUGAUGAAUGGACCAGAGUUUGCAGCAGGGGAGACAUGCAAUGGACGGUCCUCUAUACAUGCAAUCAUAGGGGAACCACAAUCUUCUGCCACAGUAAUUCUGUCCAGAACAACAGGAUCUUUUAAAAUUCCAGUGAUAAGUCACUCAGCCACAUGUGAAUGUCUCAGUAAUAGAAAAUAUUACCCUUCUGUCUUCAGGACUAUUGCUAGUGAUUACCACCAGAGCAGAGCACUUGCAUACAUAGUUAAAUACUUUGGCUGGUCUUGGGUGGGAGCUGUGAACAGUGACAAUGACUAUGGAAACUACGGAAUGGCCAUAUUUCUGAAUAUAACCCAGGAAGAGGGCAUUUGUGUGGAGUACUCUGUGAAAUUCCAGAGAACAGAGACUGAAAAACUAAAAAUCGUAGUAGACACAAUAAAAAAAGGCACUGCAAAAGUGGUUGUUGCAUUUCUUACCAGUUUUGAGAUGAACAAUCUACUUGAUCAGCUAAGUAUUCAAAACAUUACAGGCCUCCAGGUGAUUGGUGUGGAGGCAUGGAUAACAGCAAGCAGUAUGAUCACGCCAAACAGUUUUCGUGUACUGGGAGGGUCACUGGGGUUUGCAGUGAAAAAAAUCAAUAUCCAAGGUUUUGCAGAUUAUGUUCUAAAAGCAUUCUGGGAAACAGCUUUUCCAUGCUCACAGACUGAGACAAAUUCUUCUCAAACUGAAUUAAGUAGUAGAUAUCAUGAUCUGCUUGUGCUCAAAAACUAUAAUGAAGAUGUGCCUGAACAAAGAUAUGCAAGUAAUGUGUACAAAGCAGUUUAUGCUGUGGCUCAUUCACUACACAGUCUAUUCAAGUGCAAAGAAAAUGAAGGGUGCAAGAAAAACUUAACAAUACAACCACAACAGGUGGUUGAAGCUCUGAAAAAUGUCAAUUUCACUGUAAAGAUGGGAGAUCGUGUGUGGUUUGACAGCACUGGUGCCACAGUAGCCCAAUAUGAAGUUGUGAACUGGCAGCAGAAUUCAGAUGGAUCAAUCCAGUUUAAGCCGGUGGGAUACUAUGAUGCCUCACUGCCUCCUGACCAGCGCUUUGUGCUCAACACUGAAAACAUAAUCUGGGCUGGAGGACAGCUCGAGAAGCCAAGGUCUGUGUGCAGUGAGAGCUGUCCUCAAGGCACUAGGAAGGCUGCACAGAAAGGAAGACCUGUCUGCUGUUAUGACUGUAUUCCAUGUGCAGAAGGAGAAAUCAGUAAUGAGACAGAUUCAAAUAACUGCAGGCAGUGUCCAGGGGAAUACUGGUCUAAUGCUGAGAAAAAUAAAUGUGUGUUAAAGACUGUAGAGUUUCUGUCUUUCACAGACGUUAUGGGUUUUGUGCUGGUCUUUUUCUCACUGUUUGGAGUAGGAUUAACUCUGCUGGUGGCCAUCCUAUUUUACAACAAGAAGGACACCCCCAUAGUAAAAGCCAACAACUCAGAGCUGAGUUUCCUGCUGCUCUUCUCACGACUCAGUGUUGUUUCCUUUACACUAAUACAGGUUUUUAUCUGUGUGCUUUGGCUUACAAUAUCUCCUCCAUUUCCCUAUAAAAAUAUGAAAUACUAUAAUGAAAAGAUCAUUCUUGAGUGCAGUCUAGGUUCUACUAUAGGUUUCUCUGCUGUUCUUGGUUAUAUUGGCCUACUGGCUGUCUUGUGCUUCAUUUUAGCUUUUCUGGCUCGCACACUGCCUGAUAACUUCAAUGAAGCCAAAUUCAUCACAUUCAGUAUGCUGAUAUUCUGUGCUGUAUGGAUCACAUUUAUUCCAGCUUAUAUCAGUUCUCCUGGAAAAUUUACUGUAGCUGUGGAGAUUUUUGCCAUUUUAGCCUCAAGCUUUGGGUUAUUACUUUGCAUAUUUGCACCAAAAUUUUAUAUCAUCUUGCUUAAGCCUGAACAAAAUACAAAGCAACAUGUGAUGGGAAAGAUUUAA